AUGCCGUAUGGCGUCGUGCUCGUGUUUGUGCAUGGCUUCCGCGGGCGGGCCGAGCAGACGUUUGGGGCGUAUCCUGCGCGCCUGCGGCAUCUCGUGCGCGAGACGCAUCCUGGCGUGCCCGUCGAGGCGGUGAUCUACCCGACGUACGAGACGCGCGGCUCGCUGGGCGACGCCGUCGACGCGUUCGUGGCGUGGCUCACGACGCUCGUGGCUGAGCGCGAAUCGACGCAGGGCCACCGCUUUUGCGUCGUCCUAUGUGGCCACUCGAUGGGCGGCAUGGUGUGCCUGGAUGCCGCGCGCGCGAUCCGGGCCCAGGGCCGCGGCGCCUGGCCGCGCGUCGGUGGCGUCAUCGCCUACGACACGCCGUUCCUCGGCAUUCAUCCGCAUGUAUUCAAGCACCAGCUCACGACGUACCAGCAGUACGUGGACUCGGCCGUGCGCGCCAGCUCGAUGUGGGCGCCCGUGACGGGCGGCCUCGCGGCAUGGUGGUCCGCGCCGCCGUCGAGCGCCACGCGCCUGUCCACGGCGACGUGGAUCGGCCUCGGCGCCGCCGCCGCGACGGCCGUCGGCACAGCUGCGACGGCCGCCGUGCAUCGCUCCGAGGCCAUCCAGGAUGCGUGCCGCUGGGUCGGCGACCACCUCUUGUUCGUACGGCACGUCUGGGAUCGCGACGCACUCGCAGCGCGCAUGACCAGCUGUGACGUGCCGUUCCACUGCUUUUACACCCAGCUCGCCGACGAGCAGCGCACCUUUCUCCUCGUCCCACCGCCCGCGGCUCCGUAUGCACCGCACUUUUCGCCCCUCACAUCGCAUGCCAAGGACGAGGUGGCGGCGCACACGUCCAUGUUUGCGCUCUCGACGAAUCCCUCGUACCUCGCGAUGGGCGUGGCAUCCGCCUCGCUCGUGUCAGCAUGGACAGCGCCUUCACUAGUCGACGACGACGAGCAUGUCGCCUGA